AUGAGAGUUGCUGUUAUUGGUGCUAAUGGUAAAGUCGGUAGACUUGUGUGUGACAAAUUGAAAAAGAUCAAGUAUGGGCCUAUUGCGUUUGUUCGGACUGAAGAACAAUUGAAUUAUUUCAAGAACGAUGUUGGCAUUGAGGCUACCUUAACUAGUAUUGAAGAUGUUACUGUGGAAAAGCUCAGUGAAAAAUUCAAGGAGUUGAAAGUUGAUGCCAGUGUGUUCUGUGCUGGAGCUGGAGGCAAGGGCAUUGAAAGAAUAUUUACAGUUGAUUUGGACGGGUGUUGCAAGGUUGCAGAUGCAUGUACACAAUCUGGUGUUUCUAGAUUAGUCGUUGUUUCUGCUAUCAAUGCAGAAAACCGCUCUUUUUGGUACGGUACCGCUCUACGUAACUACUAUAUUGCUAAAAAGGCAGCGGAUCAUUAUGUUAGGGGAACCGAUCUUGACUACACCAUCUUGCAACCUGGAAUGUUGGUUUUAGGGAAGGCUACUGGUAAGCUAUGUACGUUGGACUUGUUGGAGACCAAGAAGGAUGAACACUAUGCCAUCGACCGUGACGAUGUUGCGGAAGUCAUUGUUAAAAUUCUCGAACACCCUAAGGGGACUAUCCGCAAGACGAUUCCUCUCGCCAACGGUGGAUUGCCAAUUGAUGACUUCUUGAAAACAUUGUAUGAUUGA